CACUCGCCUCUCCUUGCAAAUCCUGGCCCGUGGUCGCUUGCGAGGCUUGCAAGCAGUUGAGGGCUGGCAUGCGCGGUGUUUGCCUCCAGGCUCUAUGAGAGCGACUCCCUGGUGCCCGUUUCGGCCUCUACGGUCUCUCCCCUCCCUUGCAUAGAAGGGGAUCCGGAGGAUCUCGAAGCACCCGUGCAGUCCGCAGCCAUGAGGGUGCUAAUAGGGGGUGGAACUGGAUUUGUGGGCCGAGCCCUAACGCAGCUGCUGAGGAGCCGUGGGCACGAGGUGACCGCUGUUUCCCGCCAUCCAGGGAAGGACCGGAUCACCUGGGAUGAACUUUCCCGUUCGGGGCUCCCCCCCUGUGAAGGUGCAGUCAACCUCGCUGGGGAAAACGUCCUGAAUCCCUUUCGAACGUGGAACGAAUCCUUCCGCCAAGAUGUGAUUGACAGUCGAGUCGAGACUACAGAGGCUUUGGCAAAAGCCAUCACAGAGUCCGAGCGCCCACCUCGCUCCUGGGUCCUGAUCACCGGCGUAGGCUAUUACCGGCCCAGCCACACCACCCAGUACACUGAAGAGAGUCCCGGUGGGGACUUCGAUUUCUUCUCUCGUCUGGUGACCCGUUGGGAGGCUGCGGCUCGAGUCCCCGGCAAGGCCACGCGCCAGGUGGUGGUGAGAUCCGGUGUUGUAUUAGGCAGAGAUGGUGGAGCCAUUGCCCAGAUGUUAUGGCCCUUUCGCCUCGGCCUGGGAGGCCCCAUUGCGUCUGGCUGUCAGCCUUUCCCCUGGAUCCAUGUGGCGGAUUUGGCAGGAAUCAUAGCGCACGCACUGGAGCAUGAAGGCGUUACGGGGAUCCUGAAUGGUGUUGCACCAUCAGCAGUUACCACCAGUAAUGGUGACUUUGCCCAUGCAAUGGGAUCGGCACUCCGACGUCCUGCCUUCCUGCCCUUGCCUGGCUUUGUGGUCUCUGCUGUCUUUGGUUCUGAGCGAAGCGUCAUGCUGUUGGAAGGACAACGGGUGGUACCCAAACGGACCCUCGAGAGCAAUUACCGUUUUGCAUUCCCCGACUUGCCCUCUGCCCUCCAGGACAUUCUGACCUGAUGUAGGAGAAAGAGGGGAUUCAAUAGCACUUUCUCAGCAGGUUACAAAAGGAGGAAGAAGCAAAGUCUUUUUUUAUUUCCUUCUUGGCUGUGAAUUUUUCACUACACUUCCUACGUAUAAACAUACAUUUUCAUAAACUCUUCCAGAAGGUUUGUGCAUCGUUUGUGAAAGAAAGGUUCUAGUUCUAGAUCACCCGGCAGCUUCUCCUGUAGCAGUUUCGUUUGGAAGAAUGAGUAGAUGUUAAAAAUGGU